CAUAAUUUAUUUCAAUAUUUAACUUUUCACAGAUUAGGCCUCUGAUCUGGGCCUUCAGGCUAGUUCCCAUGUCCAUUUGACAUGUGCCUAUCAUUAAUUGAGGACUUUUUUGCCACGAGAUGGUGUUCUAGAGGCUCAUCUUGUUUUUUUUGUUUGUUUGUUUGUUUGUUUGUGACGGAGUCUCUGUCACCCAGGCUGGAGUGUGCAGUGGCAUGAUCUCGGCUCGCUGCAAGAUCUCAUCUUGUUUUUUUCCCUGCCCAGCCCUGGAAUUAUUACUCCAGGUACCUAUUACUUUUUGUGUAGAGUAUAUACAGUAUUUUGAAACCUAAAACUGGGAACUAAGUGUGCUAAUUAAUUACCUGGUGUCAUUGCCACCAGGCUUUUUCAGUGGACAUACCUACAAACACAUAUACACAUAUCUCUGUCUUUAUUUCUGUCCAUCUUUUUGUCUGUUUGAAACCUUGAGUUUAUUUAUACUGAUAAUUCAAUACCUAAUCCAAAUGACUUCCAAGCUAUAGGCUACAGCUAUUUGGCACCCUUUCCUCUCAAAGCAUGGGUUGCCUCUGGGAUUGGAUUUCUUGCCAGUGCAUUUGGCCAUCUGGUAGGGGAAUAGGUAGGACAAAAGUGAAGAAAAAUACUGCUGCCUCCCUCGUGAGGCUUUCCAUAGUUUCAAGACCGUUUUCGCUAAGAGUGAAUGAAGUUGCAGCUUCUACUUCUAGUUGAGGCUGGAGUGGACAUGCACAAUAUCAGCUGUCUGCAAAAAUAACUGAAUAGCUACACUAUGUGGUAUAACAGAAAAAGGUCUGAAGUGUGGAGCAGCCGUGUGUGUGUGUGUGUGUGCGUGCGUGUGUGUAUAGUAACUAUUCAUUUGCUAGGGCUGCAGUAAGAAAUUACUGCACACUGAGUGGCUUAAAGCAACAGAAAUUUACUGUCUCACAGCUCUUAAAAUUGGGAAGCUGGAAUAUAAACAACACAAUCUUAAUUAUUUGUUGUUUUUCAGUUUUUGUAGUUUUUUAUCUACUGUGGUUUCAGAUAAUGUUUUAUGGCAUAUUGUGUAAUAGUUAAUUAUAAGAUAAUCAGAACUUUUUAUUUAUAGAGAUGUUAGGGGUUUCUUUGUAGAGCAUUGAACUAAAUUGUUUUUUUCCACUUUAGUGAUAUGGUUUGGCUGUUUCCCACCCAAAUCUCAACUUCAGUUGUAUCUCUCAGAAUUCCUCUGUGUUGUGGGAGGGACCCAGGGGGAGGUAAUUUAAUCAUGGGGGCCAGUCUUUCUUGUGCUAGUCUUGUGAUAGUGAAUAAGUCUCACGAGAUCUGAUGGGUUUGUCAGGGGUUUCUUUCCACUUUUGCUUCUUCCACAUUUUCUCUUGCCACCGCCAUGUAAGAAGUGCCUUUUGCCUCCCGCCAUGAUUCUGAGACCUCCCCAGCCAUGUGGAACUGUAAGUCCAAUUAAACCUCUUUUUCUUCCCAAUCUCAGGUAUGUCUUCAUCAGCAGCCUGAAAAUGGACUAAUGCAGUAAAUUGGUACCAGUAGAGUGUGGCAUUGCUGAAAAGAUACCCAAAAACGUGGACAUGUCUUUGGAACUGGGUAACAGGCAGAGGCUGGAACAGUUUGGAGGGCUCAGAAGAAGAUAGGAAAAUGCAGGAAAGUGUGGAACUUCCGAGAGACUUGUUGAAUGGCUUUGACAAAAAUGCUGAUAGUGAUAUGAACAAUAAGAUCCAAGCUGAGGUGGUCUCAGAUGGAGAUGAGGAACUUGUUGGGAACUGGAACAAAGGUGACUCUCAUUAUGUUUUAGCAAAGACACUGGCGGCAUUUUGUCCCUGCGCUAGAGAUUUGUAGAACUUUGAAAUUGAGAGAGAUGAUGUAGGGUAUCUGAUGGAAGAAAUUUCAAAGCAGCAAAGCAUUCAAAAGGUGACUUGGGUGCUAUUAAAAGUAUUCUGUUUUAAAAGAGAAACAGCAUAAAAGUUCAGAAAAUUUUCUGCCUGAUGAUGCAGUAGAAAAGAAAAACCUUUUUUUUUUUUUUUUUUUUUAAGGAGAAAUUCAAUCCAGCUGCAGAAAUUUGCAUAAAUAGCAAGGAGCCUAAUGUUAAUCCCCAAGACCAUGGGGAAAAUGUCUCCAGGCCAUGUCAGAGACCUUCACGGCAGCCCCUUCCCAUCACAGGGCCCAGAGGCCCAGGAGGAAAAAGUGGUUUCAUGGGCCGGGCCCAGGGUCCCCAUGCUGUGUGCCGCCUAGGGACUUGGUGCCCUGUGUCCCAGCCACUCUAGCUGUGGCUGAAAGGGGCCAACAUAGAGCUCAGGCUGUGGCUUCAGAUGGUGGAAGCCCCAAGCCUUGGCAGCUUCCACGUGGUGUUGAGCCUACAGGUGCACAGAAGACAAGAACUGAGGUUUAGAAACUUCAGCCUAGAUUUCAGAAGAUGUAUAGAAACACCUGGAUGCCUAGGCAAAAGUUUGCUGCAGGGGCAGGGCUCUCAUGGAGAACCUCUCCUGGGACACUGUGGAAGGGAAAUGUGGGGUCGGGGCCCCCACACAGAGUCCCUACUGGGGCACUGCCUAGUGGAGCUGGAGGGCUAUCGUCCUCCAGACCCCAGAAUGGUAGAUCUACAGACAGCUUGCACUGUGCACCUGGAAAAGCCUCAGACACUCAAUGCCAGCCCAUGAAAGCAGCCAGGAGGGAGGCUGUACCCUGCAAAGCAACAGGGGCGGAACUGCCCAAGACCAUGGGAACCCACCUUUUGCAUCAGCAUGACCAGCAUGUGAGACCUGGAGUCAAAGGAAAUCAUUUUGGAGCUUUAAAAUUUGGCUGCCCCACUGGAUUUUGGACUUUCAUGGGCCCUGUAACCCCUUUGUUUUCGCCAAGUUCUCCCAUUUGGAAUGGCUGUAUUUACCCAAUACCUGUACCCCCAUUGUAUCUAGGAAGUAAUUAGCUUGCUUUUGAUUUUAUAGGCUCAUAGGCAGAAGGGACUUGCCUUGUCUUAGAUGGGACUUUGGACUGUGGACUUUCGGGUUAAUGCUGAAAUUAGUUAAGACUUUGGGAGACUGUUGGGAAGGCAUGAUUGGUUUUGAAAUGUGAGGAUAUGAGAUUUGGAGGGGCCGAAUGGUGUGGUUUGGCUGUGUCCCCACCCAAAUCUCAACUUGAAUUGUAUCUCCCAGAAUUCCUGUGUGUUGUGGGAGGGGCCCAGGGCGAGGUAAUUGAAUCUCGGGGGCCAGUCUUUCUUGUGCUAAUCUUGUGAUAGUGAAUAAGUUCAUGGGAUCUGAUGGGUUUAUCACGGGUUUCCACUUUUGCUUCUUCCACAUUUUGUCUUGCCACCGCCAUGAUUCUGAGGCCCUCCCAGCUAUGUGGAACUAUGGAGCAGCUAUCAGAUGAAGAAAUUGAUCAUGGUGCUGAAGAAGACAGUGACAAGGAAGAUCAGGACCUGGACAAAAUGUUUGGAGCCUGGCUUGGAGAACUAGACAAACUCACUCAGAGUUUGGAUUCUGACAAGCCCAUGGAACCAGUAAAAAGAUCUCCUCUUCGCCAGGAAACAAACAUGGCCAACUUUUCUUACCGCUUCUCCAUAUACAACUUGAAUGAAGCUCUGAAUCAGGGAGAGACUGUGGAUCUGGAUGCCUUGAUGGCUGAUCUUUGCUCUAUAGAGCAGGAGCUCAGCAGCAUUGGUUCAGGAAACAGUAAGCGUCAAAUCACAGAAACGAAAGCUACUCAGAAAUUGCCUGUUAGCCGACAUACAUCGAAACAUGGCACCUUGAAAGGAUUAUCUUCUUCAUCUAAUAGGGUAGCUAAACCUUCCCAUGCCAGCUACUCCCUGGAUGACGUCACUGCACAGUUAGAACAGGCCUCUUUGAGUAUGGAUGAGGCUGCUCAGCAAUCUGUAGUAGAAGAUACUAAACCCUUAGUAACUAAUCAGCACAGAAGAACCGCGUCAGCAGGCACAGUGAGUGAUGCUGAAGUACGCUCUAUUAGUAAUUCCUCCCGUUCCAGCAUCACUUCUGCAGCCUCCAGCAUGGACUCUUUGGAUAUUGAUAAAGUAACACGCCCUCAAGAGCUGGAUUUGACACAUCAAGGGCAGCCAAUUACUGAGCAUGCUAUUUCUCUGAGAUGUUCCAGCAAGCAGGCCAAGCGUCAUACUGACUUCACAGAAGAACAGGCUGAGCUGACACCUCACUCCUAUCUGGACAGGGAAACCUCCCUUCUUCUGAGAAACAUUGCAGGAAAACCUUCUCAUUUGCUGACCAAGGAAGAACAGGCAGCAAAAUUGAAAGCUGAGAAGAUCAGAGUUGCCCUGGAGAAAAUUAAAGAGGCACAAGUGAAAAAGCUGGUGAUUAGAGUCCACAUGUCUGAUGACAGUUCUAAAACAAUGAUGGUGGAUGAGAGGCAGACAGUAAGACAAGUACUGGAUAACCUGAUGGACAAAUCCCACUGCGGUUAUAGUUUAGACUGGUCACUGGUAGAAACUGUUUCUGAAUUACAAAUGGAGAGAAUCUUUGAAGACCAUGAAAACUUGGUUGAAAAUCUUCUUAAUUGGACAAGAGAUAGCCAAAACAAGCUUAUAUUUAUGGAGCGUAUAGAAAAAUAUGCACUUUUCAAAAACCCACAGAAUUAUCUUUUGGGGAAAAAGGAAACAGCUGAGAUGGCAGAUAGAAACAAAGAAGUCCUCUUGGAGGAAUGUUUUUGUGGAAGUUCUGUAACUGUACCAGAAAUUGAAGGAGUCCUUUGGUUGAAGGAUGAUGGCAAGAAGUCCUGGAAAAAGCGUUAUUUUCUCUUGCGAGCAUCUGGUAUCUACUAUGUUCCUAAAGGAAAAGCAAAGGUCUCUCGGGAUCUGGUGUGCUUUCUCCAGCUGGAUCACGUCAACGUUUAUUAUGGCCAGGACUAUCGGAACAAAUACAAAGCACCUACAGACUAUUGUCUGGUGCUGAAGCAUCCACAAAUCCAGAAGAAAUCUCAAUAUAUCAAAUACCUUUGUUGUGAUGAUGUGAGGACACUGCAUCAGUGGGUCAAUGGGAUCCGCAUUGCAAAGUAUGGGAAGCAGCUCUAUAUGAACUACCAAGAAGCCUUGAAGAGGACAGAGUCAGCCUAUGAUUGGACUUCCUUAUCCAGCUCCAGUAUUAAAUCAGGAUCCAGUUCUUCCAGCAUCCCAGAGUCUCAGUCAAAUCACUCCAAUCAGUCUGAUAGUGGAGUUUCUGACACCCAGCCAGCAGGACACGUCCGUUCCCAGAGCACCGUGAGCUCCAUAUUCUCUGAAGCCUGGAAACGAGGCACUCAGCUGGAAGAGUCCAGCAAGGCCAGAAUGGAGUCUAUGAAUCGGCCCUACACUUCACUUGUGCCCCCUUUAUCUCCGCAACCUAAGAUAGUCACCCCCUACACUGCUUCACAGCCUUCACCACCUCUACCUCCUCCGCCACCCCCACCUCCUCCUCCACCACCCCCUCCCCCGCCCCCUCCUCCCCCACUCCCCAGCCAGUCUGCACCUUCUGCAGGCUCAGCAGCCCCAGUGUUCGUCAAGUACAGCACAAUAACACGGCUACAGAACGCGUCCCAGCAUUCGGGGGCCCUGUUUAAGCCGCCAACACCCCCAGUGAUGCAGCCACAGUCAGUGAAGCCUCAGAUCCUGGUACCCCCGAAUGGAGUUGUUCCACCACCCCCUCCCCCUCCUCCACCCCCAACCCCGGGCUCUGCCAUGGCCCAGCUAAAGCCUGCACCAUGUGCCCCAUCCCUUCCACAGUUCAGUGCCCCGCCGCCUCCACUGAAGAUCCAUCAAGUUCAGCAUAUUACUCAGGUGGCUCCCCCAACACCCCCCCCACCUCCUCCUAUCCCUGCACCCCUCCCUCCCCAAGCUCCCCCAAAACCCCUUGUGACCAUCCCCCCACCAACCAGCACCAAGACUGUGGCACCUGUUGUGACUCAAGCUGCACCACCCACACCUACUCCUCCAGUGCCCCCAGCAAAAAAGCAGCCAGCUUUCCCUGCUUCUUACAUUCCACCCUCUCCCGCUACCCCUCCUGUUCCAAUACCCCCGCCAACAUUACCCAAGCAACAGAGCUUCUGUGCAAAACCCCCUCCCUCUCCACUGUCACCAGUGCCCUCAGUCGUGAAGCAGAUAGCCAGCCAGUUUCCACCCCCUCCAACUCCCCCCACCAUGGAAUCUCAGCCCUUAAAGCCUGUCCCAGCAAAUGUAGCUCCACAGUCCCCUCCUGCAGUAAAAGCAAAGCCCAAGUGGCAGCCCAGCUCCAUCCCAGUCCCUUCUCCGGACUUCCCUCCUCCCCCUCCUGAAAGCAGCCUGGUGUUUCCUCCUCCACCCCCAUCACCUGUCCCAGCCCCACCACCACCACCACCUCCACCCACAGCUUCUCCUAUCCCUGACAAAAGUGGAUCUCCAGGCAAAAAGACCAGUAAGAUAUCCAGCCCUGGGGGAAAGAAACCACCCCCAACCCCACAGCGCAACUCCAGCAUUAAAUCCAGCAGCAGUGCAGAGCACCCCGAGCCCAAGAGACCCUCGGUGGACAGUCUAGUCAGCAAGUUUACACCGCCAGCAGAAUCAGGGUCUCCCAGCAAGGAGACCCUACCACCUCCUGCAGCACCCCCCAAGCCUGGAAAACUCAAUCUUUCUGGAGUCAAUCUUCCUGGAGUUCUCCAACAAGGGUGUGUGUCAGCAAAAGCCCCUGUUCUGAGUGGGCGUGGAAAGGACUCCGUGGUGGAAUUUCCUUCUCCUCCAUCUGAUUCUGAUUUUCCACCCCCUCCACCUGAAACAGAGCUUCCUCUGCCCCCCAUUGAGAUUCCAGCAGUUUUCUCUGGAAACACCUCUCCAAAAGUGGCAGUUGUUAAUCCUCAACCACAACCAUGGUCUAAAAUGUCAGUGAAGAAGGCCCCUCCACCCACACGACCCAAACGGAAUGAUAGCACCCGCCUCACUCAAGCUGAGAUUUCUGAGCAGCCAACAAUGGCCACAGUUGUGCCACAAGUGCCCACCUCUCCCAAAUCCAGCCUUAGUGUCCAGCCUGGAUUCCUGGCUGACCUCAACAGGACACUGCAACGAAAGUCCAUCACUCGGCACGGCUCACUGUCCUCCUCCCGCAUGUCCAGAGCAGAACCAACAGCCACUAUGGAUGAUAUGGCAUUGCCUCCGCCACCCCCUGAACUGCUCUCUGAUCAACAGAAGGCUGGUUACGGAGGCAGUCAUGUAUCAGGCUAUGCAACGUUGCGGAGAGGACCCCCUCCUGCUCCCCCCAAAAGAGACCAGAACACCAAGCUCUCCAGAGACUGGUAGCCACCAUAGGACUUCAUUUUCAUGGUAUCUGUAAUCACUUCUACAAUCAGCUCACCUAAUCAUCUGUGAAUUCAGGUGUUCAGAGCCUCCUGGUAUGAUGUUAUUCAGGUAGUGUCCAGCUAUAUGUGUGUGUGUACACGUGCAUGUACACACAGCUGUACGGUGUAUGUGUGUAUAUAUGUGUACAUAUAUGUAUGUGUAUGUGUAUAUAGAGAGAGAGAGCUGAGAGUUAUUUAUUCCUUUUCUCUCCUAAUCUGAAAAUGGGUGUUCUGUAUUUUGGGUGGAAGAGGCAUAGAAGGGGAUGUGUGUUGUCUCUGAAGAUUUCUAUAUCAUGUGGAUUGGACCAAAAACUUCUAAUCACUUAUUUAGAAGGUAUUUAUAAGUGUCUGUCCAUGUGUAGCCUAUUUGUGCAUGUUGUGUAUUAUAUAACUAAGGAAUAGAUGUAGAAUGUGCUAUUUCUGGUUGAGAAAAAUCACCAGAAUGUUUGGUGUAUCUAUAAGGCUUUUGUGUUUGUUUUUCCCCAGUUGGCUGAAGUUAAAAUUGCUUGACUGACACUUCAUUGCUAUACAUAAAGGGGCACUUUAAAUCAGGAAAAUCUCUCAGCUUCAUAGAACGGGUAACUAGUGCAGGAUGGGGAGAUGUUCACAGACAUCAUCUGUAUGUGGUUGUGCAGAGAAAGUAAAUACAUGGCGUAAUUAACUCAGCUGUUCUAGCUGCAGUACUGCUGCAGUGAUCCACCCACAUUUAGGAUGUGCUGACAGGUAAGCUCUUUGCCUACAAUACAUGGAUAAUUAGUGCUAUAAUUCUGGAUAGUUCCUUUUUAGUACGGUUUUAUGAAGCUUUAUCAACUUGGCUUCAUGAUCCUCACUUUGAUUGAUUUUAAGAGGAUGGACAACACAGUUAUCUCUGUAAUGUUCUGUCCCAGUAUGUCUUUGGGUCACCGGUUACUUUCUUAGAAUAUGUGCUUUAGGUAGAUGUUAUUACAUAUCUGUACACAAUUGGUAUAUGAAAUAUACACAUCCUGUGCCCCAAUAUGGGGCAUCAUUAAGAAAAAAUCAUUUUCUAAAAUGCAUUUUUUGAGCAUUGCUCUAUAGAAGGGAAGGGUGAUGAGAGAAUAAAACUGGCCCCUGUACACGUGUCAUUAAUCUGGUUAUAUAUGGGUUAUAAUAUGUAAUACAAAAAACUUAUUAAGUAUGGGACUACAUGGAGAGGGAAGACAAUUUCAUUUAUAGCUACUGGGGCUACUAGGGCCCUUGCUGACUGCAGCCUGGUUGUGAUUAGUUCAGGUUACUGGGUGUUCUGAUGGAGUGGGACAGUCCAAGUCCAGUAACUGACGUUACGUUUUAUGCAUGUGCAGUUUGGUAUAACAUGGAGUCAGUGCUCUAACGACACACUAUACUUCUAUAUGCUUUUUUCUGUGAAUUUUCCUUGGUACAUGAGAGAAAUAAGUACUGUCUCAUCGACUUAUGAUAAAUUGGACUCUUAGGAAUAAAACAAUCUUAGAGCAGCUCCCAAACAAGAGAAUAAAAAUGGGCCAUCCCAGCACUUAUAAGGGGAGCACGUCUUGUAAUGAAAGUCUGUGCCUAUUGUUAAUGAUUACCAGUGCAAACUGCAGAAAUCAGUUGACAUUGUCCCACAAGGAAAAAGUGAUGCCAGUAAAGUGGGGGAAGAGAUGGCAAAUAAUUCUAGAAUGAGCAAAAGUGCUUAAUUAGUACAGUAUUACUCAAGGUCUCGCAUAACCCACACUCCACGAAAACCACAUCAUAAACAGAAUGAACAGCACCUCUCCAUUGCUACAUCUCCAGAAUAUUGUUCAGUAUAUUCAUGUGGUUAUGGAGCAGUAAGAAUAUAUACCAUUAACUUUUAGGGCUUUCAGAUUGUUCACCAAGUUUUGUAUUUGAUAUUUAUGAAGUGAUGUUUAACACAUCUGCAUUGUUAAUUUAAGCAUGCACAGAAAUUUUGGUAAUGUUUGAGUGGAUUGCCAAGCGCUACUGUGAUUCAUGAAUGAAUUUCUCAGUCUUCUGCCUGCAGUUUUAUAGUUUGAGGGGCACCCAUAUUUGUGGGUUAGAGUUAAUAAGAAUAUGAAUCCAGUUAUCAAAGUACUCAUCCCUGGGUUUUGAGUUUUAUUGUGGUGGUGAUUUUCUUAUGAGAAGGUAGACAACUUCAAUUUUCCUUGAGGGGGGAAAAUGUACCCCCCAACCUUUUUUCACCCAUGAUUUGAGCCCUAAAACAACAGCCUUUGUUGUUUUCAGUGCAGGAUUUCUUGGAAUUUCUUGCAUGUAUCAAUCCUGAUGAUAGCCGUCCUGAACAGAUGCUUCUGGUCUGUUUUCCUGGAAGAGCAGACAUCCUUUUGAACACUAAUGAUGCCAGGAAGAGAGUAAGGCUAGAGGAGGAGACUGUCAUUUUAACCCCAAUCCAGUGGCUUGUCCGACAACAGGCCAUUUCCCUUUACAUUCCUCCACAGACAGAAAUGGCUUGUUAAUUAAAAAUGUAUUAACCUUAUGUAUGAACUGAAUUUAAAAAACCACUAAAGUGAUACUUUAUACUUCUGUUUUACUCCCUAGUGGGUUUUCUUUAAUUUGGAUUUUUGUUGGGAUGUAGCUUUUCCUAGACUGUAUUUCUGUAGCUCUUUUUCUCUGGUGUAUUCAUGGAAAGCACCUACUGCCGGAUGACACUAGUACUGUGCCUUCUUUCACUGCCCUCUGCAGCUCUCACCCAGCUUGGCUGCUUCGAGUCUGUGCAGUUGACUUGGCUGUACUGAAAAGUGAACAGCAUGGAUUAACUCAUCCUGCCGCUGAGGGCAGUGCAAACAGGUGCUUAUUAGAGGUAGUGACUUGCUUAGUGACACUCUUAAUUUCUACUAUAGAUAAUUUCAAAAUAGAAUCACUCUAUGCUUAAAGUUUUGGCACCAAUGCUGUAGGGCAGCAGAAUCUAUUCUCAGUAAAAUAAUUAAGGUUUACUAGAUAUUCUGUAUUGGAUUUUGCCAGCGUGACUUACUGCUCAAAUGCUUCCCCCCCCGCCCCCCCCAGAUGCUGUAAUUCUCUUGGGAAGAGUAACUAUUCUUAAGGUUUUUACAGAUACCCACCUUAGUUGUAAAUUGGAUAGUUUAAAUUUCUGGGACUUUUUAAAUGAAAAAGAAUGUGGAAUGUUAAGUUACAAAAGACUAUUUUCAUCAGAAAAUUUCAAACGAAGUAAACAUGGUGUUUUAUAGUCCUCUAAAAUCUAGGUGCUCCCGCCCACCAAAGGCAUAUCCUGCAAAGGGCUGUGAACUGUCUUGGUGAACUGUCUUGGGUCCCCUUUCCAUGUAUGUUUUCUUGUCACUGAAAACAAUGCUGAGUUUAUCAAGAAAAUUUAAAUUGGGGGAUCAUAAUAAUUCCAACCAAGUGACAACUCUGACGUCAAGGUUAUUAGGAGCUGUACAUCCAAUUCAAGUUUUAUUUGCUGCUAUUCUGGGAGAAUAAACUUGUAUAUGGGGAAUAAACUAAUAAACUUGUAUCGAGGAAAUCCAUAAAGUUAUAAAUUAGCCUGAAAAAUAUUUCAGGUAAUGGUGUGGAUUGGCCUGCUUUGACUAUCAGCCACCAACAGAAAUCUUUGUCACCUUUGUUCCUCAGCUAAAAGUAAUUUUGUUACAAAGUGAUUUUAAACAGGUAAAAAAACCAUUCCUACUUUUGUACAUUACCAAAAGUUUUUCAUAUACCUACAGAGCUAACUAAUUAUAACUGAUUUAAUCCCACUCAAGUUUAGACCAAUAUAUGAUCCUGUAUGAUUAUCAAUGUGAUGCCUUGCUUUUCAUAAAAUAGGUAUAAUUGGGUCAUACACUUGAAAAGAGGGUGACUGUUUCUGGGGGAAGAAAACCCUUUAGAUUGCAGGUACCUUUCACUUUGAUUUUUUUUUAAUAUACACUUUACAUUUGUAUAAAUUAUGCAGGGUACUCCUAACCCUGUAGGAAUAUGUGACCUCUCACAAAGUUGAGAUUUGAUCCAAAGAGAAAUGCAAGUAUAAAAGAAUUAGAUACCUAUUAUCUUUUAAAGUUUUUUUUUUUGGUAGAGAUGGGGGUCUCACUGUGUUGCCCAGGCUGGUCUCAAAACUCCUGGCCACAAGUGAUCUUCCUGCCUCAGCCUCCCAAAAUGCUGGGAUUACAGGCAUGAGCCACUGUACCCAGCCUUUCCUUUUAAAAUUCAAAGAGAAAAUUUCUACACCUUUAUCCCUCAAACACCUUUAUCGCUCAAAUAAAACAAGUGCUCAGUUCUUACCGUGCCCUUGCAAGGUCUAUAUGUAAAAGAUAUCUGAAAUUUAGCUGUAGAAUAAAACUUGAUAAAUAAAAAGAAAAAACAUACAUUUCUCCAGUUGGUUUGCUCUUUGCUUGUUGAAGUAAUAAACCAUUUUAAAGAGAAAAUACUUGCUGUAAACCCCCAGUGCCUUCAACUCUUUUGGCAGAAUAUUUUUAAAGAAAUCCAGCAAGCAAACUUUGAGGUGCUAAUGAAAGUAAAGGAAGGUAGUAUUUCUAGUUUUGGCAGAAAUGGAAAGUGUCUCACAAGAGACAUCACUACCCACAUGGGGUCUGGCUGCUUUCUACCAAAGACAUUUAGAGAAGUGAAUUGAGUCAGGGUGAUGGUGAACACUACAUAUUUUAUAGAUGGUUAAGUCGAGAAGUAAUUAUGUUUAUCAUGGAUAGCUACUAAUACCAAGCUCAUGAUUGUUGAAGCCUCAACGUCUUAGGCAGUAAAACUUGUCUGCAGCACUAAAGGGGGAGAAACCCUUAUAUUUUGCAAACUGUCCAUUCGUUAAAUUUAUUGUGACCUAAUACCAAAAACUGCCAUUUUUCAUAUUUCCCCACCUCCUACAUUUUUUUUUGCUACUUGUAAAAUAACCCCUUCUAGAAAAUAAGCAUUAACUGGAAUGUUUCAAAUAAUUUUGCUUCAUUUUACUAUCAGCCACUAGUGAACUCUUACAGAGAUGUACAUUUAAGAUAAAAUUAGCUUGUGCUAAGUGUUGUAAAAACAUUGUUUACUGUUAAAGGAGAAUUGCACAUUAUAUUUAACUGGGAUUGCUCCCUCCCUCAGUUCUUUAAAAAACAGAGUCAAGGCUCACACUAACUUGUAGGCUGUGGGAGCUUUGCCAUAAGUAGAUACAAUGUAGAAAUAUACUUUUUUAAAGCAUGAAAAAGACAAGGAACUUCAUUAUAAUGAUGUACCAGGUAGAAGACAUUAUUAUUCAAAGGAUUAUGCACAGCUCAGUGAAGAUGAAGUUACAAUUUUUCUUGCAGCUUUGUUGCUAUUAUUUUCUUCUGCAUAAAUGUAUGCUCAUUUCAUUAUGUGCCUUGCUCCCUGAUUGUGCAAAGCUAUAUAUAUAUAUAUAUAUAUAUAUAGAUAUAGAUAUAUAGAUAUAUAUAUGAGAGAGAUAUAUUCAGUACUACUGAGGAUGUUUUUGUUCUGCUGGAUUAAGUUAUUUUCCAAGUUACUCUUGCCAGUUAUGUCAGUAAACUAUUGUGAUGGCUUAGCACACUAGUCAUACAGUCAGUGUAAAUGUUUUUCAGUUACAUGUUUGCAUUAUGUCAGCUUAUCAAAUCCUUAAUAAAAAAAAUUCAUAGAUUUCAUUUAAA